GGCAGGGUGCGGGGACUUGGGGGGCCAGCGUGAGCGGUCUCACAGCAUCUCCGCUGGGCCCGCGGGGGCGUCGGCGGAGCUGGCUUCCGCUUUGCUCAGACCGGGCGUCGGAGCGCCUUCCCCAGCCUGUUGGUCGGAAAGGGGUUCUCCUUCCUACCCCGGCCAGAGUGAGAGUAAGGAGGCUGUCGCACCGGGAAACCGGCUCCUGUUUACAGUCGCUGUACCCGGGAAAGAGCUGCAGUUAAUGGGAGUGUCAGCAAGCUAGACAUCCUACAUCAGAAUCUGCGGCGCUUAGCGCUUAGUUCUGGGCCGGGAGGGGACUCUUCCCGUUUGGGGAUCGGAGUGUGGCGCUGCUGCCGGCGAGCCUGCAGAGGACCGGGUUGUGCAGCCAAGCAAGAAAAGUGUACCUUUCUAGAGCCACCCUCUCUCUGUCUUGAACCUUAAGAAAAGAUGUGGAGUGGGCUGCUCCCUCCCGGCCUAAAUGAAAGUGAUGCUGAGUUGGAUUCUGACGAUGAAGCCGCAUUAGAGAGCUCUGGACUUAACUUCCAGGAAGGGAAAGAAGAUGGGACCAUUACAGAAACAGAGAUCUCAGAUAUCCCUACAAAUGGACCAAAAACUGAAGCGGAGGCAAAUGUAAAUGCGUAUGAAGAGUGUCCUUCUGGAAUUCCCUUAAAUAUGUGGAAUAAAUUUCAAGAACUGCAUAAAAAACAUUCUGAACAGAAAACCUCAAAUUCAACAAUCAGAAGGAAAAAAAGAAAACGCUCCAGAAAAGAUAAAUUGAAGAAUGAAGAAGACUCUCAUAAUGAACAGUCCAAAAGUGAAACCCAGUGGAAGGAGCUCACCCAGUAUUUUGGAGUCAAUGAUAGGUUUGACCCCCCUGUUAAAAAGAAAAAAGUUGAAAAGUCGGGCCUUGAGAAGAGCAUAGACCAAGCCGUGGAAGAGUGGAACAUAGAGAAGGCCGAGGAACUCAGCAACCAGCUAGCGACUCGAGAGCUUGGUGUAAAAAUUGCCAAAGCAAUUGCCUGCCACAACUUUGUGAAAGCCAAAAAAGAUGCUGAAAAUUCACAGGUUGCUCGAAAAAAGAAGAAACUUGCCUGGGGGUUUGAAGCAAAGAAGAGGUGGGAAACCAAAAGUAACAUGGGGUAUAUGUGACUUGUCAGAAUUCCUCAAGACCUUCAAGACUUCUCCCUUGAAUCUUCAGUUGCUCAAUUGACUGAAAAAAAUUUUCCUGCUUCUGUUAACUAUAUCAGGAAAUUGAUGGAAGUAGAAAAAAUAAGCAUAACAUUUGGGAGUUGAUUAUCAAAUCUUUUUCAGUCUUUUUCUAAAGAGUUCAUCCUAUUGAAGUGAAUGACAUGGAGAAUUAUGUUAUUUGUACAGGAAAUUUAAGCAUACAUAUGGGGGGAAAAGAUAGGAUUUUAUUUCUUUGUUUAUCUGGACCUCCAGGAUGAAAUCAGUUUUACUUUUCAUCCAUUUGGUGUAGCAUAGCCAAAGAGCUCCUCGUGCUUUCUUAUCUGUACUCAGUGUAACUACACUCAUCCUGGAGUUAUUCUGGAGUUUUUAAGAUUGUCAUUUGUUUGUAAUGGAUUAGUCAUAAGUGCAAGAAAGUCUCAAUUGAUAAUGAGACUUUUCCAAUUUGUAAGUCACUUUACAAAUGACUUUAAUUAUCUUAAUGUUAUCAAAGUAAUUAUUGAUUCUUUAUUAGAGGCAGUAGCAUUGAUAUUUCACAGUCACAUAAUAAAAGCAAUUGAUUAA